ACGCGUUUUAUUGGUCCGUUUGUCCGCCUGAGUGUGUGCGAGGGCUGGUGAAUAUUUGGCUUAUUAUUCAGUGUGUGUGCAGCAACAGUUUCACUCAGGUCAAACAUGCUGUGACUCUCUCCGACCCGGAGCGGAUACAGUUCUACAGAGGACCAGGUGAUAAAGCAGCUGGUGGAAGGAAUCAUGGUCUCCUCUGUGCACCUCUGCUCGGGCCUGCUGGUUGUGAUCCUGCUGGUCCUUCAUCACUCCUCAGGGUUCUGGAUUGUAAAUGUUGUGUUCCCGCCCAACGCCAAAGCCCGAGUCCUGAGCAACAGCACUCCGCCUCUCAUCAUCGUACCAGGGAACUUGGGGAACCGCCUGGAGGCCAAGUUAGACAAACCCACGCUGGUCAGCUGGAUGUGCUACAAGAAAACUGAAAACUGGUUCCCCCUGUGGAUCGACCUGAACAUGUUCAUGCCGAUAGGUAUAGACUGCUGGAUUGAUAACAUUAGACUUGUUUACGAUAGGACGACCCGGAGGUCAUCUAACUCACCGGGGGUGCAGGUGCGAGUCCCAGGAUUUGGGCAAACGUUUCCCAUCGAGUAUCUUGACUAUAACAAACUGGCCGGUUAUUUUUACAGUAUGGUUCAACAUCUGGUCGACGUGGGCUACACACGGAAUGAGACCGUCCGAGGAGCACCUUACGACUGGAGACUAGCUCCUAAUGAGAAUGAAGAGUAUCUGGCGAAGCUGAAGGACCUGGUGGAGGAGAUGUACGACCAGUACCAGGAUCCUGUUUACCUGCUGGGACACAGCAUGGGCUCCCACUACGUCCUCUACUUCCUCAACCAGCAGCCUCAGGCCUGGAAGGACAAGUUCAUCAGGGGCUUCAUAUCCCUGGGAGCUCCAUGGGGGGGCGCUGUCAAACCACUUAGGGUCAUGGCAUCAGGAGAGAACGACGGAAUCCCGAUGAUUUCCAACAUCAAGAUCCGUGAGGAGCAGAGGAUGACAACAACGAAUCCCUGGAUGCUGCCGUCUGACAAAGCCUGGCCCAAGGACCACGUGUUCAUCUCCACGCCGACCUUCAACUACACCAACCAGGACUAUCACCAGCUCUUCAAGGACAUCAGCUUUGAGGAUGGCUGGUACAUGUGGGAGGACACCAAGAACCUCACGAGCGAUCUCAUCCCACCCGGUGUGGAGGUGUGGUGUAUGUACGGCGUGGGUCUUCCCACUCCGAUAACGUACAUUUACGACGAGAAUUUUCCCAACGUAGACCCGGUGGACUUUGUUUACGCCGACGGGGACAACACGGUGGACAGCUUCAGCAUGAGCCUGUGCAAGCGCUGGAAGGGGCAGCAGGAGAAGCCUGUCCACGUGACGGAGUACAGAGGCUUGACCCACCUGGAUAUUGUGUUCCACGAAAAGGUCAUCAACCAAAUCCAGGACAUCCUGGAGGGAAAAUCAGACACCCCCGAAGAAGUGGAUGUCCGAUUUGUCUCUGAGUAGCAAAUUAAAAUGAAACCCGACACAUCCACACACACUGUAGCAGCUCCUACAUGUUUCAACAUCCCAGUCAUGGUCAAUGUUAGUGCAACAAACUAAUCUGGACUUGUAACUUGUCCCUGACCCCCCCAGCAGAUAACUGUGACCCACUUAUCUAAACUGUAUGCUUAGUUUAACUGUUUAUUUAUGUUCCAUAGUCUAUUUUGUUGUAUCUCACCCACACGGUGUGUUGUUCACCCUUAUAUCUGGUUGUGGUCAUGGUCAGAUAUUGUGUUAAACAUCAUUAUAGUUAAAAACAUAGAAAUAGGUUUUUUUUUUAAUGAUGCUUUCUUUCUUUCUGUUUUUGUAUGUGUAUUAUUUACAUACAACUCUAAAAUAAAUACACAAUCAUGAUUUGUUUACUUUUGAUAGAUGGUGAGUUCAUCAUCGCUUCCCUAUGUACAAAUGCACACAAAAACACACACACACACACACACACACACACACACACACACACACACACAAGGGUAAGGCCUAUAUGACGUGCAGUGUGGUGGUGUGGUGGUUAACACUAGUGCCUGAGGGCAAGAAGGUUCCUGGAUUCAAUUCAUGGUUCUGUGUGCAUGUUUCCUCAUCUCUGCGUUCAGUGUAGCAAUUAAAUGUUAAAUAAAUAGCUUGCCACACGCACACACAAGCACACACAAGCACACACAAGCACAAACACACACACACUCUCUAUUGUUCAUAAGAUUGACAAAGAAGGAGGAAAAAGACAUUACUGUGUAUGACAUCAUAGCAAUAUUUCUGUUAGGAUUUAAAUGUUUUAAGAUGUAUGUAAAAAUCAUCAAAUCAUGUUGCUUGUGUAGCACCUGAAACCAGUGAUGUAAAACUAUACAUUUGAUCGUACAAGUAAAAUGUUGCUUUGUAAACAUGUUAUAAUAAAAGAUCUAUGGUACCAAGGGUCA